CAAAAUUAUGCCAUCGUGACAAUAAAUUUUGAGGACCACUUCAUGUGAGAUCACUUCCUCCGUACACGUCACUAACGUCUUUUGCUAAAAUAAUCUCAAAUAAUCAUUCUCUAGGUACGUAUUAAAUAGACGUAACACCGUGUUUAACAUUUCCAUAAGUUAGCAUGCAUUGAGAUUAACAUGGAAAGUGCGUUACUUGAAUACAUAUUUUGUCAAGUAACUUAAACAUAUAAGAAGUUCACGCACAAUUCAAAGACAAUUUUAGCGAUUUGCAAUAACUAUUUACCUAUCCUUUUCGUUAUUUUUUUACACCUGUUUAAAUCUUCUGACGCUGCCAACAAGCAUGAUGUAAUUUAGACCCCCUUAACAAAAAUGUUUGUGCAAUUGUCAUUGUGUUUCUUCCUGUUGUAUAAAUGUAUGAGACAAAGACAAGUACACAAAUUUAACCGCUUUUGAAAAUAUUUAUUUCUUUUUUGGUAUUAUCCAGGACUGGAUGACAUCAUCUCCAAGGGGACAACUUUCCAACCGAAGCGAUUCAACAGUAUUACAACCUUGACCUCACUCGUCUGCUCAAAUCUUAAAUAAUAAUUUAUAGCGGCCAGCGUCACACAAUGAGGCUGACCACACGGAUAGUGUUACUUGUAUCAGUAUUAGUUUCCACAUGCCCCUACGCCCAGGGCGCGUUGGCCACCACCCAACCAGAGUAUGCCAGGGGCAUCGACGACCUCAGACUGGUUUUGGGCCCCAACUACAAACUCUUCGUUGCUGCCUAUUGGCGGUACCUGAUCAACGAUUGUUCAUAUGUUAGCUACAAGCUAUCAGACGACCUCGUCGGAGGAUAUUUGGAUAAAUGUAAGUAGGGAAUGACGUCAUGCAAUUGUCAACAUUGAAAGAGUGGCGUGAUCAUUAUUUGAAUGGCAUCGUUCAUUAAAAUCAGGAGUUCCUAAGUUCCAGUUAGUGGAAAGUUGUUUGAGACUUAGUUUGUACGAAAAUAAUUUGUAGGACUUUGGUUAAUUUAAAAGAAGAAUCACAAUGCAAAAUGUUGUUUAAAGGUCGGCAGGUAUGGUGUAGGACUGUCUGUAGGCCUAUUGUUUAAUGGCUGGAAGGUAAGGUUUAGGACUGUCUCUAUGUCUAUUGUUUAAAGGCCGGCAGGUAAGAUGUAGGACUGUUUAUAAAAAAGAAGAUAGAAGAUAACUCUUUUUUUUUUAUAACCCUUGAACCCACCGGGUAUUUUCUCAAAAAAGAAAACUGCACCCGGUUAAGCCCUCGUAUAUAAUAUUUAGCCGACUGGAAUAAGCUUUUUAACUGUAAGGGAAGAUUCUUUUUCUGACAUUAUUUUAUCCAGCGCCCUGAAUUUCUGUGAAUAGAAACAAGUAUAAAGUAGUGCGAAACAUGUUGGACCUGAUUGCAAAGAGAACGAAACAUUUGCUUUGCUGUAAAGACCCCAGACGUUUGACAAUUUAUGCAAUAUUUAGCUUCAAAAUCACUUUCAGUUCCGAACAAGUGGUAACAACCCCACCCCCAACCCCGCAAACCGCUUACGAUACCAGUAACGCUAUGCGUUAAUCCGACCCCGUCCCUAAACACCGGUACACUAUUAAAGCAAGCACACCAGCCUGUUCCAAAAUGUACGACAAAAAGAUGCUUUUAUAGUGACUACACAGCGAAGCUAUGGUCACUCUUGUGGCCGCAGAUGGGAAGAUGUCUUAAUCGGUAUUGCGUUUUAUCUAAAUACAUUAAAAGAAUGUAAAAAAAAAUUAUUCUAAUUGAAUUGUGCCUUUAUAAAAAUAGUGCUUUUUUGUUUUGUUUUUUUACGUUCACGUCAAAUUAAGGAAAACAAUUAACAGAUAUCGGCUGUUUUAUUUACCAUCAACUGAGUGCUUAUAUUCAUAUAUAUUUUUUCUUUGUUAACUUUUUAAAAAAUUACUUGAAAUGUUGCGUAUGUUCUUAAAACUAGAUCAUAUUUUGGAAAUUUGUUUAUUUUUAAAAAUAAGUCUCUGGAAGAACGUCUAAACUCCACAUCUCUUGAUAAUCACAAUGACGGGGCUGUUUGGUAGCCAAUCACAGCAUUUUUUUAUAUGGAGUUUCUGGGACCAAGCUUAAAAAAACAUCAGGAUUUUUCGAUGAUAACUGUAUGGUAACCAAGCAGCUGCUGGGGGGAAAACACCAUCUUCACAAAUCCUAUCUUAAACCGAAUUCAAUUCCUAGGAAAGCUGCAUACAACAAUUACGUCGAAUGCAAGAUAAAAAGUUGAGUGACAGAACUUAUAUGAUUCAGGGAUAUGUUGAAGGACACAAUCUGAGAAAUUUCUACCCCACUCUUCAAGAAGUCUUCGGUCCCACCUUAUCAGGAUCAUCCCUAAAGCUGGGCAGAGCAAUCUGAGAGCAUCUUUAAUCGCCAUACAUCUGUCAAUGACGAAGCCAUAAAUCGACUCCCACAGGUGCCCAUCAACCAAGAAAUGGAAGACACCCACCAACUCUAAAUGAUACGCAAUAAGCUAUGUGCCUUCUCUCGAGUGGCAAAGCUCCAGGUGAUGAAUUCAUGCAAUCUGAAAUUUACGAGUAAGGUGGAACAGCUCUGACUCAAAGGCUUCAUCGGCUCUUCAUUCUAAUGUGGCAGCGAGAGAUGAUACAACACGAUUUUAAGGAAGCAUGCGUUGUCCACUCGAACAAACUUGUACAAACGUGAAGGGAACCGUCAAUCCUGUGAAAACUCCAGUGGCAUAUCUUUGCUCUCAACUGCAGGCAAGAUACUAGCUAGAAUGCUCCUGAACCAUCUAAAUUCACAUAUCGGGAAGGGUCUACUGCAACAACGUCAAUAUGCGGUUUUCGCAAAGAUCUCGGAUCUAUCCAUUAGGUGUGCGCUGCCAGAUAGCGGUUGGAAGAGUGUCAUGAACAAAAUGUAGAACUCUUCUCUACCUAUGUUGACUCAACCAAAGCUUGCGACACUGUCAGCAGAGAAAGUCUCUGAAAAAUCAUAGGCAAAUAUGGAUGCCCCCAAAAACUCAUUCAUUGGAGUGGCAAGUUCAUCAUAGUAUGCACGCUAGGGCCCGGGAAAAAUUAGAGAUGCCUCAACCAUUUCAUGUGUCUAAUGGUGUCAAACAAUGUUGCGUUCUGGCACGCUUUCUGCCAUGCUGUUUGAUACUUUCAGUGAGGGAGUCAUUGGCAUCGACAUCAGAUACAGAAAGAAUUGUACAGCUUUUAACCGCAGAAGUCUAAACGCUAGAUCCAGUGUCCGGACAGACAUCAUCAGGGACUUCCUGUAUGCUGGUGACUGUGCCGUUAACGCUGAAGGAGAAACCGAUAUGCAACGGGGUGUUGCAAACUUCUCGUAUGCCUGCACAAACUUUGGUCUUACCAUUAACAAAAAGAAGACUAAGGUACAAACCAGCUCGACGAAAACCUUCUAAUUCUAAACUUUUAGGUUCCUACUAGCUAAUGUGUGACUACUUUUAGGUUCUUGUUAGCUAAUGUGCCACUACUUUAGGUUUCUACUAACUAAUGUGUCACUACUUUUACGUCCCCAAUAGCUAAUGUUCUUCUACUUUUAGGUUCUUGUUAGCUAAUGUGCCACUACUUUUACGAUUCUUCUAGCUAAUUUUCCGCUACUUCUAGGAUCCUACUAGCUAAUGUGCCACUACUUUUACGAUUCUUCUAGCUAAUGUGCCUCUACUUUUACGAUUCUUCUAGCUAUUGUGCCGCUCCUUUAAGUUCCUACUAGCUAAUGUGCCGCCACUUUUAGGUUCUUACUACCUCAUGUGCCGCCAUUUUUAGGUACCAACUACAUAAUAUGCCACCUAACCUCAGUCGAUCUCGUAAUUGUUCAAUAUACUCGCGAGCUUCCCCCCCCCCUCUGCCUGUUUAGACUUUCCUGAAAAAAGUGUUCCCAGGGAUAUUUAUGGGCCUCAUAUAUUUCGCCUAAAUCAAAAGCUGCAAAACCUGUUAGUUCAUUUUUAAUAUCCCGAUAGGCAAAUAAGAUACCUGGAACGUGAGAUUCCCAGGCCUUGGGAUGAUCGUGAGUAAGGCCUUGAGAGUACCGUAGAAUCGCUAAACCAUAGCAUUGAUUUGUGUGUGUAAAGGGGGUGCUAAAUCGUUGGGGUUUUGCCCAUGAGUUUGGUGACUUGGGUCAUUAGACAGCAUUUAAACCGGCUGCCGUUGUCUUAUGGAAUUUCAUCUAGUAACCACACUAGAAAAUAUUAUUAGUAGUUCCUCUUGUAUGACUUCGGCAGUUAUUCUUUUCAGGUUUAUGACUUCUGUCACGGUGUCCAUGAGGGUCAGGAUAGAUCGAUAUCCCAUUUUGGAUGAUUGCUUUAUGGGGCCCACUAGUUCAAUGGCCAGCUUUCCCCAAGAUUUGUUGAUUAACUCCAUUUUUCCCCAAGAUUUGUUGAUUAACUCCAUUUUUCUCCAAGAUUUGUUGAUUAACUCCAUUUUUCUCCAAGAUUUGUUGAUUAACUCCAUUUUUCCCCAAGAUUUGUUGAUUAACUCCAUUUUCCCCAAGAUUCGUUGAUUAACUCCAUUUUUCCCCAAGAUUUGUUGAUUAACUCCAUUUUCCCCCAAGAUUUGUUGAUUAACUCCAUUUUUCCCCAUGGUGUAGUGAAUAAAUCCGGCGAUUUGGUUCCCCCCCCAUUUGACACACAUCGCACUUCUUACAAUAAUAUCUGACACCCAUCGCUGCGCCAGGGCCACCAACAUUCUUCCAGAGCUCUUGCCUGUGCACGAGCUACACCCAUGUGUAGUGAGACUCCAUGAUCAUGGGCUAUUCCCAGCACCAUUUUUCUUACAUAUUAGGGAACAGCUAAUUGUUCUGUCCGCUGCUACUGUCACAACUCUCUUUCAUUAACAGUUCAUCUUUGUACCUAACUUGUGAUGGUCUAAUUUGUCUCCUCGCGUGCUCGAACGUAACGUUUGAGUAUCAAAUCAUUUUGCUGUAGCGUUCUAAACUUAUCCUCCGUUGCCUCUAGUUUGGUUACGUUCUUAGUACCGUUAUUAUUAUUGGUCUAAAAUGUCUGCCCCGAUGGUGUUGCUCUAAAAUGUCUGCCCCGAUGGUGUUGCUCUAAAAUGUCUGCCCCGAUGGUAUUGCUCUAAAAUGUCUGCCCCGAUGGUGUUGCUCUAAAAUGUCUGCCCCGAUUGUAUUGCUCUAAAAUGUCUGCCCCGAUUGUAUUGCUCUAAAAUGUCUGCCCCGAGUGUAUUGCUCUAAAAUGUCUGCCCCGAUUGUAUUGCUCUAAAAUGUCUGCUCCGACGGUAUUCUGUAAAUUUCUGUAAUCCUCGGUGUCGUGUCCUGUUAAGCGGCACAAAUUUGGGUGACCGCUUUCCCACUCUGGUUUAGCGGUGAAACUUUUGCCUUUGUUUUUGUGACUGUCCUUUACCGUUGAAAGCUAACAUGGCACCUGUUGGUCCAUGCGUGUCAGAUACCUGUUGGUCCAUGCGUAUCAGACACGUGUUGGUCCAUGCGUGUCAGACACCUGUUGGUCCAUGCGUGUCAGACACCUGUUGGUCCAUGCGUGUCAGAUACCUGUUGGUCCAUGCGUAUCAGACACGUGUUGGUCCAUGCGUGUCAGACACCUGUUGGUCCAUGCGUGUCAGACACCUGAUGGUCCAUGCCUGUCAGACACCUGUUGGUCCAUGCGUGUCAGACACCUGUUGGUCCAUGCGUGUCAGACACCUGUUGGUCCGUGCUUGUAAGACAACCGUUGGUCCGUGCGAGGAAGACACCCCGUGGUUGUAAGACACCUUUUGGUCUUCCUGUGAGGGCUUUAGCUGGAUGUGCUGCCAUGUAAAUGUCUCCAGUCGCUAAUACGGGAUCAACGGUCAUGUUGUGUGUUUCUGAAAUAUGCUCGACUAUGUCUUGAUUCACCGUUUGUAGUAGUUUGUUUAACUACUGUUAGUGCGAAAAAAUUUUCAUAAGUCUUCUCCGACUUGGAUAAUUGAAUCCAUCUGGCUAGGUAAUGGCUGAUACUGUUCGUGUAUGUCAUUGGGCCGUCGUGUUUACCCGGUGUAGUCUUGGCCAGUUUAUCUCUAUAACUCUGAGCUGUAAAUCUGAAGUCGUAUUGUUCUCUCGUCUCGUCAUAUUGUUCGCUGGCCCUGUCAUAAUGUUCUCUCGUCCUGUCAUAUUGUUCUCUGGCCCUGUCAUAUUGUUCUCUCGGCCUGUCAGAUUGUUCUCUGGCCCUGUCAUAUCGCUCUCUGGCACUGUCAUAUUGUUCUCUCGGCCUGUCAGAUUGUUCUCUGGCCCUGUCAUAUCGCUCUCUGGCACUGUCAUAUUGUUCUCUCGGCCUGUCAGAUUGUUCUCUGGCCCUGUCAUAAUGCUCUCUCGCCCUGUCAUAUUGUUUUCUGGCCGCGUCAUCUUACUCCUUUUCCUCUGUCUAUCUACGUCAUUUUCAUCUCAUGUUCUUGAAUCCUUUUUUUUCUUCUUCAUCUCGCUCAUAUACGCAAACGGCUCUUUUGUGGUCGCGGAUGGCGCGCACUUCGUUCUCGAUUCUUCCUAAAUUUCUUAUCCAUGUUUUUGCUUCCACACCUUCCAAUCCAAAAUCUAUCUGAUUUUUUAAAAAUAGUGUUGCAAUAGUUGGUAAAGACAUUGUUUCAUAUAUUUUUUUUUAAAUUACAAAUAAAAAGUGGAGCAUGGUUGCAAUACAAAUAGGUAUACAGUGAGUAAGUAUGUUUCUAAUUUAAGGUUACUUCACAAGUUAUAGAGGCUUAAUUACCAGAAAUGCACAAUAAAACAAAGAAUAGGAAUUAAAGGAGUAAAAUAAUUUACUUACAAUAAUUAUUUAUUACCAUUUGACUUGGGACGGUUCUCCGUUUACUUCAGAUGCCUCAUGGGGGUCAAUGGGAUUAAGAUUAGUUGUGUUUUUUUUCACUAACAUUUAUUUGUCUGUAAGCCGGGGUCAUUUAGGUAGGCCGAGUUCAUUUCAGUACACCGAGGUCGUUUCGGUAGACCGAGUCCAUUUCAAUAUACCGAGGUCAUUUCGAUAGGCCGAGUUCAUUUCAGUAUACCGAGGUCGUUUCGGUAGGCUGAGGUCAUUUCGGUAGGCCGAGUUCAUUUCAGUACACCGAGGUCAUUUCGGUAGGCCGACUUCAUUUCAAUAUGCAAACCCCCCCCCCCCCCCCAAAAAAAAAAUUGUUUAACAGAGGUGUUCAGCUGCUCGGGUCAAAACCAGGAGUGUUUAAAUAUCUUGGCAGCCUUUCCACCGAGGCUGCUAAAAGGAGUACAUAGACAAUGACAAGAGUUCAGUGGGAGAAUGAGGUCAGCGUCCACAUCGCCCCGCUUCUAAGACACCCACGAAUAGAGAUGGAGACCAAAGCCAGGGUAAUCAACGCUAGCUUUAUCUCAAACUUUACCUACCAGUGUCGUACCUCGUCUCUGAAUACAAGUCUAUAGUAAAAUAUUCACCUGCGAGAUACCGACGGCCGUUAAAUAAAACAGCAACACAUUAUACAAUGACAAGAAUUCGCAGCAAACGGUAGAUUGUAGCCGAAAAGCGUUCCGUAUCGGUAACAACUCGCAGAAGAUGAAAUGUUUGUAACAACUCACAGAAGAUGAAAUGUUUGUAACAACUCACAGAAGAUCAAAUAUUUGUAACAACUCACAGAAGAUCAAAUAUUUGUAAAAACUAACAGAAGAUGAAAUAUUUGUAACAACUCACAGAAGAUGAAAUAUUUGUAACAACUCACAGAAGAUGAAAUAUUUGUAACAACUCACAGAAGAUCAAGUAUUUGUAACAACUCACAGAAGAUCAAAUAUUUGUAACAACUCACAGAAGAUCAAAUAUUUGUGUUCCAUCAAUUCAAAAACAUUAAAGAUGACUUGAGACAUUUUUUCUAUCCCGUAGUUAGCUGUUGUCUUUAUUAUUUAGCUGUUGUCUUUAUUAUGGUCUAUCACUUACUCAAUUUAAUGGAGAUACUAUGCACACACAACAACAUAUUUUGUAAAGUCAAUCUGUUUAAGUACCCAACCACCCCACCCCCACUUUUUUUUUCGUUGUGAAGCAAGGCUAUAUCCUAACAAUCCUAAACUUUUCACGCGAGGUAACUAAAUAAAUUUAUUAUUUAAACAUGAUUUUCUUUUCACUAACGAUCUCACCUAGACAGGUGGUGCAACCAACUUUCUGUUAAAACUUUGUAAAAAAUUGUGUUAUGAUUUCAAUUUAAAUUUCCACAGACUGCUUGUAUUUGACCCAAUGCCCAGUGAUUUAUGAGACUCAGUCUUGCCUUAUCAAAAUAUCCGUCAUGUACGUACGGCUUGCUUGUUGCCCAGGUAACUAUUUGGACACAGGUUUGGUGAUCUUAACAUACGUUUCUUAGUUUGCGUUUACAACAAUUUCACCUACCGAUGAUUUUGUGCAACAAUCAGUUCAGGCCAUACAAUCUUCAUUAAACGUGUAUUCUUAGUCACCCCAGCGAUGAAUAUUGCAAAUGGUAUUUAAAGCAAUUAAUAUUAAUCAUUAAAAAAUGUAAGGACCAACACACCCCAACUUGGAGCUUAACACACAAAUGUAACGACAAUAUUUGACUUACACAAAGGACAGUAUGGCUUGAGUUACAUCAGUUAGAGUUUCUUUCAUUGUUGCAUUUCAUAGAAUAGUUUAUUUGCUUGUGUUUGUCUUACGGUUAAAUAAUUUUUUCACCCAAGCCCCUCAAGAGAAUGACUCGGGAAAACUUUGGCCACCCCAGUUUUCGGUUGACAAGUUUCUUACGUGACACCACCAGAGUCAUUUCAUUCUGACAAGAAUCAUAUUUGUUUUCAGAACCUUUUGAAAUCCCAACAAUACCACCGACAACACCACCAGAGUCAUUUCAUUCUGACAAGAAUCAUAUUUGUUUUCAGAACCUUUUGAAAUCCCAACAAUACCACCGACAACACCACCAGUGACCACAAGAGCUGACCAAGACAAAGGACGUAAGAAUUUUUUUCUUCUUUUUUUUUUUUUUCUCCCCUUGAUAAAAAAAAAAUGUGCAGUUUCUAGCAGGAGUGCGAUAAAUAGCAUUAUAAUUGAUAGAUCAUUGGAUCAGUUGCUGACAUCAUUCAUAAAAAACUAUACAUUACAAUGUGGUAAAAAUUUUGUAACGAAACAAAAGUUUUUAUGGGCAAUGAUGUUCGAUUUUUUUACACAGCCUUGUUAGAGAGAAAUGUAAAUAUUAAGUCAUUAUAAUCUUUUUUUUUUUUUUAAAGUUCAAAAUGAAAUUUAAAUUUGAUAAGAAAACGAAAUAAGAAAACAAAUAUUUAUUUGGUUAUUUUGUUCACCACUUUUAUCUUAAACGUUCAUAUCUAGUUGUCCUGUUUUUCAAUUCAAGCUUCCAAGGACCUUGUUCUGGUUUUUAUUUUCGAAACAAUGGGUUGUUUUUUAAAAGCAGUAAAUAAUGAAUAAAUUAGGCCAACUUUUUUAUUUCAAAGUAUGACUUUAAUAACGCAUUUGCUUUGUUUAUUUAAUUUUCAAAAUAAUGUUGCUUCUAUCGAAGUGAAAUGAUGGCAUCCAUUGUAGAGCGUCGUAGCCCAGCUAUGUGCAACAUACGAUUAUAUAGAGGGUAUUCCGCUCUAUCAUCAUAACGGGUAAUGUCUCCUUGGAGAUAAACCAUGGAAAUUUUGUCGAAAAUAUAAACGAUCAAGUUUCGGUCAUGUUAAGUUUAAAUUAAGGUGGUUUUUUUUUAAAAUAUUCUAGCCCCCCUUCCCCAUUUUAUUUUUCCUACUUUUGUUAAUAACCAUUAACGUCACAUAUAAAUUGAUAUAUACUUUUACCUCUUUCUCUGGUUACCUUUUUCAACACGGGCACGCCCCAACACGGGCACGCCCCAAAGCGGGCGCGCCUCCCAGUUAGGAAACACCAUCGGCUUAAGUUUGUAGCAAUGACGAUGUGAUAACUCCAAUAACUUUCUAAUGCACGCUGAGACUUGCCUCUGUUUUCACACAUUAGAAACGUCUUCAUUUAUCACGCCUUCAUUUAUCACGCCUUCAUUUGUCACGCCUUCAUUUGUCACGCCUUCAUUUAUCACGCCUUCAUUUAUCACGCCUUCAUUUAUCACGCCUUCAUUUAUCACGCCUUCAUUUAUCACGCCUUCAUUUAUCACGCCUUCAUUUAUCACGCCUUCAUUUAUCACGCCUUCAUUUGUCACGCCUUCAUUUAUCACGCCUCCAUUUGUCACGCCUUCAUUUAUCACGCCUCCAUUUAUCACGCCUUCAUUUAUCACGCCUUCAUUUAUCACGCCUUCAUUUAUCACGCCUUCAUUUGUCACGCCUUCAUUUAUCACGCCUUCAUUUAUCACGCCUUCAUUUAUCACGCCUUCAUUUGUCACGCCUUCAUUUGUCACGCCUUCAUUUGUCACGCCUUCAUUUAUCACGCCUUCAUUUAUCACGCCUUCAUUUAUCACGCUUUCAUUUAUCACGUCUUCAUUUAUCACGCCUUCAUUUGUCACGCCUUCAUUUGUCACGCCUUCAUUUGUCACGCCUUCAUUUAUCACGCCUCCAUUUGUCACGCCUUCAUUUAUCACGCCUUCAUUUAUCACGCCUUCAUUUGUCACGCCUUCAUUUAUCACGCCUUCAUUUAUCACGCCUUCAUUUAUCACGCCUUCAUUUAUCACGCCUUCAUUUAUCACGCCUUCAUUUGUCACGCCUUCAUUUAUCACGCCUCCAUUUGUCACGCCUUCAUUUAUCACGCCUCCAUUUAUCACGCCUUCAUUUAUGUGCGGAAGUAAAUAGUGCGGAUCAUUUGUCACGCCUUCAUUUAUCACGCCUCCAUUUGUCACGCCUUCAUUUAUCACGCCUCCAUUUAUCACGCCUUCAUUUAUCACGCCUUCAUUUAUCACGCCUCCAUUUAUCACGCCUUCAUUUAUCACACCUUCAUUUAUCACACCUUCAUUUAUCACGCCUUCAUUUGUCACCUAGCUGCAGAACGUCCAAGUUUCAAUAUCGAUUGCUCUUAAAUGUUUUGUGCAGUGAAGCCGUGCAGCUAUGGGCAAGUGCUCCCAGUGAGGAAAAUUUUCGGAGGGUACGAGGCAACAGAGGGUGAAUUCCCUUGGACGGCCAUGUUGCUGGUAGAAGGCCGUUUCCUGUGUGGUUGCGUCAUUGUAGACACCACACACGCCAUCACGGCGGCACACUGCUUUGACUAGUGAGUCACAAAAUUGUAUUAAAUUUUUUUUUCAGUCACUUUGGCAGUUAUUAAUUUAUGGUUCGCCUUGUUAUGGGGGGUAUGGUAUUUGGAUUCGGUAGUGAGCCUGUAUCAACCUAGCAUUCCAAAGCCAGUAAUGUGGAAAAUUCACAAAUUUACAAACACACACCCUUAAAACCUCCCCACCCCCACCCUUUUUCCUCUGACUUUUAUUUAUUAAAAAUAGUAGCAUUAAUGAUAAGGCUUGAAAAAAAAUGUUCCUGGUAUUUCAAACCUGGAUAGUUGAGGGUUCUGCUUAUAUAUUUCUAAAACUCCUUUGAUCAUAAUAUAAUAUGAUUUGAAAAGUGAAGUAAAAACAAACACUUUAAAUGGAUCUUCCUGUUUAAAAGCCAUAGUUAGUCUUUGCACAUUUUUAUAAGCUGCAUUCUUUGCCUUUUUUCAACACAAGAUAUUCAUGGACCCAUUUUAACUCUAUAGCCACGUGCCGUCAUCAAACUAUGAAGUCUUCGCCGGUAGAUACAGCUACGACUUGAGUAUUCGGGAGGAAGGGGAACAACGCAUUCCGGUGAAGAACUUCACGAUACACGAGGCGUACAACGUCAGGGGCAUAAGUAAUCAUCAGUAA